GAUAAGAACAGUCUAGAACUUUGCCCAGUUUGUCCUUUACGGAUCGAUCCGCCAGUCGGUUGUCAAUUGUGGGAUGUGUCUGACCUUCAUGCCCGAUUAUAUUGUUAAAAACCACCAGCAGUGAUGAAUGUCUACUGAAUUUUCCCUCAACUUGCUACUUGGCACGGACACGUACUUUGGCAUAUUUCGAUAUGGAAACAGCGACAGAACAAGAGCGUGAAGCCCUGGCGAUAAUUUCUCGGGCCGGGACUAUAUCAAGUGCCGCAAGGGUUGACAAAACUAUUAUCUAUGCCUUUGAAUGGACAGGGUUUGGCGUGGCAUUUUUACUUUGCAGUGGCCAGAUAGCCCUUCGGCUGGCUUUUUCCCGUUGCCUCAGGGUUGAAGACGGCUUGACCUUGCUUGCGUUGGUCUUUCUCUUGGUCCUUGCAAUUAUCGUGACCCUGGAGGUCGAUCCAUUGUACGAGCUGCUAGGGUUGCUUAGCGGCGAGUCCUCACUCGCAAUUCAGCUCAGCGAAACACCAAAGCAAAGCGCCAGACUCUCCAGUGCAACAGACGCAGCAAACCUGAUUUCCUGGUCCUGCGUGUGCACGGUCAAAACGUGUUCGCUGGUCUGCUUCUGGCGGGCUGUUCGUCCAAUGAAAAUCAUGGUUCAGAGACUCUGGAUUCACUUUUGGGCGAUUGUCGCAUUCACAGUCAUCUCAUAUGGAGUAGGCAUGGUGAUUUUCCCACUACUCCGGAGUCAUGGCCCGAACACCUUCUCAGGUCUCUCAUCCUUUCCCGUAGCGCUGUUUUUGAAAAUACAACUUGUGCUUCGACAAAUCUUUGCUAGUUGUGCGGUCUUCGGGCUUGCGCUGUGCGCAGUCGCUGUUGCCGUCGUCCAGUAUAUCAUGUUCCGAGCCAGUUGCAACCGCCCCCAGCUUCUCCUCUCCUCCACGCUUUUCUAAAUCGUCAACGAAUGCAGCCUUGCUGUCGUUUUCUGCUCGACUCUUGCGCUCACUAGACUAUGGAGAGAAUUUCGUUACAUACCGAAAAGAACAAUCUCGCAUUAGCCGUAGGUUUCCUUCGGGCGAUGG